AUGUGGUGAUGGCAUGAUGGCACACGGUAGGGCGAGCGCAUGAGCGAGCCACCUUCCUCGCCGCCCUAUAUUCUUAAACUUGCGCAUCUGGCAUUGUUGCUCUUACCACUUGUCCUUCUCUCUUGUUCUCACUACUCAUUAUAACUCACCUCUCCCUUUGCACUCGUCGCUACUCCCUCUUUCCCACUCCGCAGUAGCGCACCUCUCCUCUUCUUCUCAUCCACCGUUUUGCCCCAUCACCUCCCGUAGCCUGCCAGCUCACCAGCACUCGCCGUACACGCCGUUACCUCCCACCGCCAUGCUCUGGUCCGAGUUCGAGAACGCAUGGAAGUCGGCGUGGGAUGACAUCUACGAAAGCCAGGACUAUGCCCGCUUCGCCGUGGACCGAGUCUCCAUCGCGACACUCCGGGAUUGCCAUGAGAAGACCAUCGGUCACUAUCCUUUCCCAUUUCAGAUCAUCAUCGAGGACAGCCUCAGCGCGACACUGGAACGCUGGCCAGAGCUCAAGACCACGACUAGGAGGAUCUAUCCGAAUCUCAGCCAUUACACCUUCCCUCAGCUUCUUCAUUUCUUGUACGGCCUCGUGAGCGCGCACAACUGGCGCGAUCAGCUGCAAGCGCCCAUCUCCUACUACUAUGCCCCUCACUACGCGCUUUUGGUGCUCCCAGUCCGUCACCCGGUGGCACAGGGGACUCCAGCUCCGCUUGCCUUUCCCGUCCGACUUCCUCGCCACACUGGCAAUGUGACUGCACCAGGCGCCCCGCAUCCCCCUGCCGCGCUCGAGAUUGUCCGCCCUGCACCGUGGACAUCGCCAGCCAUCAACAAGGACGCGUACUUCGGACCCACGCUCGCGCCCGCCACGCCUGAUGACCCAAAGAGCCCCACCUCUGCUCCCUUCCCCGAUCGACCUCCGCGUUUUUGCGUUUUCUGUCACGCGAAGCCAUCUGAUCAAGCGCCCUAUCAGUGCAUGCACGUCGCGCUGUGCGGUGAUUGCCUCAGCCGCAUCGUCAGGCGGCGGGGGAUGUGCCCGGUGUGCAGUAAUGACAGCUUGAGGCCGAGCGAGCGUUGGCGUGUGUACUUUCCUUGAUGCACCUGGCGCUGGUCUAUGUUCCGAUCGCCAGAUCAAAGUGGCGAGCCAGGGAUGAUGGCCCCCUUAUACUAUCAACCUGUAAACUAGCGUUACUGUUACUCGACUGCUUGUGCUUGUGAUGCCAUUGGCUUUUACACGUAUCUGUUACUAAGUAACGCUGAUGGUCACCAGACGUCUACGCAGUCUGAUCAACAAAAGCUUGAUGUUCUGCAUCGGCAUCAGUGCCGCAGCUGAUAAAGUCCACUU